CCCCUCCCGGCGGCUCACGACGCUCCCUACCUCCGGCCCUCCCGGGUGACGACGGGUAGGGAAGGAGGCGGAGCGGGGAGAGGAGAGAGCUGAAUAGGGAAGCCGCUGCGCUGCAUUCUGGGAAAGUUGGCGCUCUGUCCGCCGCGCAGCCUCCUGGGAGUUGUAGUCGCAAUCCUAGGCAACUGGUGUGUGUCCUGGGCGCUGCGGAAGGCUGGUUGCCUAGGGGAACCUUUUGAGGGCAAGUGGGCUGCUUUUGACAGUUGCGUGCCCCUUCCGUCCAGCCUGGCUUCCGAUUCUGCCUUGCGUGUUUAUGACGAGCCUGCGAACAGGGACGUGAGAACCGUCAGAUAAUAAGAAAGAAAUUGCUGUGUGUGCAUCAUGGAUAACACAAAGGAAAGGGACAACAACUUCAAAGAUGACCUUCUGCUCCGCAUGGGACUAAACGAUAACAAGGCAGGCAUGGAAGGGUUGGAUAAGGAGAAAAUUAACAAAAUUAUCAUGGAUGCCACAAAGGGGUCCAGAUUUUAUGGAAAUGAGCUCAAGAAGGAAAAGCAAGUCAAUCAACGGAUUGAAAAUAUGAUGCAACAAAAAGCUCAAAUUACCAGCCACCAACUAAGGAAAGCUCAGUUACAGGUCGACAGAUUUGCAAUGGAAUUAGAGCGGAACCGGAAUUUGAACAGCACCAUAGUUCACGUUGACAUGGAUGCUUUCUAUGCGGCUGUAGAGAUGAGGGACAAUCCAGACCUGAAGGAUAAACCCAUUGCCGUGGGAUCCAUGAGCAUGCUGGCUACUUCAAAUUACCACGCUAGGAGGUUUGGUGUCCGUGCAGCCAUGCCAGGAUUUAUUGCUAAGAGGCUCUGCCCACAACUUAUUAUAGUGCCCCCAAACUUCGACAAAUAUAGAGCUGUGAGUAAGGAGGUUAAGGAGAUACUUGCUGAAUAUGAUCCCAAUUUUAUGGCCAUGAGUCUGGACGAAGCCUACUUGAAUAUAACACAGCACUUACAGGAAAGGCAGGAUUGGCCUGAGGACAAAAGAAGGUAUUUCAUCAAAAUGGGAAACUACAGAAAAAUCGAUGCACCCCGACAGGAAGCUAACCAGCUGACUGAGUACGAACGGUCCAUCUCCCCGCUGCUUUUUGAAGAUAGUCCUCCUGAUUUGCAACCCCAAGGAAGUCCUUUCCAACUGAACUCUGAAGAACAAAACAAUCCUCAAAUAGCCCCAAAUCCAGUUGUUUUUGGAACAUCAGCUGAGGAAGUGGUAAAGGAAAUUCGCUUCAGAAUUGAACAAAAAACAACCCUGACAGCCAGUGCAGGCAUUGCCCCCAACACAAUGCUAGCAAAAGUGUGCAGUGAUAAGAAUAAGCCAAACGGACAGUACCAAAUCCUCCCCAGCAGGCGCGCGGUGAUGGACUUCAUCAAGGACUUGCCGAUUAGGAAGGUUUCUGGAAUAGGAAAAGUUACAGAGAAAAUGUUAAUGGCUCUUGGGAUUGUUACUUGCACAGACCUCUACCAACAGAGAGCGUUGCUUUCUCUCCUGUUCUCUGAAACAUCUUGGCAUUAUUUCCUUCACAUCGCACUGGGUCUAGGGUCAACAGACCUGGCAAGGGAUGGAGAAAGAAAAAGCAUGAGCGUCGAAAGGACGUUCAGUGAGAUAAGUAAGACAGAGGAGCAGUACAGCUUGUGCCAAGAACUGUGCGCUGAGCUCGCCCGCGAUCUCCAGAAGGAAGGCCUUAAGGGAAGAACUGUUACCAUCAAGCUGAAGAAUGUGAAUUUUGAAGUAAAAACUCGCGCAUCUACAGUUCCGUCCACCAUUUCUACUGCAGAGGAAAUAUUUGCCAUUGCUAAGGAGCUGCUAAGGACAGAAGUUAAUGCGAGUUCUCCACAUCCCCUGCGGUUAAGACUGAUGGGUGUCCGAAUGUCUACUUUUUCCAACGAAGAUGACAAGAAACACCAACAAAGGAGCAUCAUUGGCUUUUUACAAUCUGGAAAUCAAGCUUUGUCAUCUACUGGAUAUAGUCUAGACAAGACUGACAAAACUGAGCUUGUAAAGCCCUUAGAAAUGUCUCAUAAGAAGAGUUUCUUUGAUAAAAAGCGAUCAGAAAGAAACUGGAACUGUCAAGACACACCCAGAUGUGAAGUCUCGGGUCUGCAAGCUUUACAGCCCUCAAAACCAUCCCAAGCAUUAAAGAAGACGAUCGAGAGAAUGCCAGAGAAUUCAAAUGACCAUCAGACAUUUAUAUGUCCAGUUUGCUUUAGGGAGCAAGAAGGUAUCAGUCUGGAAGCUUUUAAUGAACAUGUAGAUGUCUGUCUUGAUGGACCAUCAACCAGUGAGAACUCCAAAAUGCCCUGUUACUCACAUGCUUCCUCUGUAGACAUUGGCCAGAAGGAAGAUGCACACCCCUCUAUUCCACUGUGUGAGAGACAGGAGCAUGAAAAUGGAGAGAUCACUUCAGUAGAUGGUGUAGAUCUAACAGGGACUGAAGACAGAUCAUUGGAAACAGCAAGCAUGGACACUCUAGGGAAUAAUCGCAGCAAAGAGGAAUAUCCCGAUAUUCCAGACAAGUCUUGCCCUACGUCAUUGACAAAUGAAACCAUUGGGUUUUUAAGUAAGCAAGAAUCUGCCCAGCCUUGUACUGAUGAAGUAGUAACAGGACGAGCUCUAGUUUGUCCUGUUUGUAACCUAGAACAAGAGACUGCUGAUCUUACCCUCUUCAACAUACAUGUGGAUAUUUGCUUAAAUAAAGGUAUUAUCCAGGAACUGAGAAAUAGUGAAGUUAAUUCAGUUAAACAACCUAAAGAGAGCUCCAGAAAUACUGCAGACAGACUUCAGAAGGCUCCGGGAAGGACCAAGAGGCCAGGACUGAAGAUGAAGGGCUCAGCAUCAAAGAAAACAAAAGCCCGCAGUCCCAGACACACCCUUGAUGGGUUUUUUAAAUGAACUUUGAACAUUUUAUCAACUUUUUUUUAUUGAAAUUAUUAUUUUCAUAGUCAAUGUAUUUAUUCUUCCUCAUUUUAAAUAUAUUCCUCUAAGGAAGACAAGUGCAAUAAUACCUCCCCCACGUGACCUUUUUAAGAAUGUAGACUGAAUAUUAACUUAUUUCUUUUAUAUUUCCCUUAAUAACUGUGAGAAUUUCAUUCCCAGUAUAUUUUAUAUAUAUAUAUACAUACAUACAUACAUUCAUAUAUAUCCUUUGGGAAUCAGUCGUGUUAGAGACGACUUAACGUAGGAAGUGAGGUCAGAAGGUAAUGUGUUAUUUUAUAAUGAAUAUAAAACAUUUACAAGAACUCUGAGUCAUGUGCAGCAGCCUCAGCCAGCACCAGCUCCUCAGUGCUUAGCCACCGCGUGGCGGCCAUUGUGCCACUGUACCUGCUUGUGUUCUGUGAGCAGAUGUAGUUAGAUUUAGCCAUGAUGUCCGUGAAGAGCAUUAACUUAACAGAAAGGCCGUGGGCAUGGCUGUUCCCUUCAGGGAAGUGAUACACUGUUAUCUGAGUUCAGAGGAUCUGUCCAAACCAUUGUUCUUUGUAUUGUCUUACUUAUCUUAUGAAUAAGCACUUGGUUCACAUAAAGAAAUACUUAGUCCAUAAUUCAAAAUCAUUUUUUAACUCAGUACUUUAAAUGGCAGUAUUUAAUUUCUUGUCAAUUCUAUUUGACUACAAAUCCGCAGUAAACAAGAUAAGUUGUGCAGUUGCUUGGUUUUUAUUCCCCUCUUUAGGAGAAAACAGACACCUCAGAAGAUGAGCCCUGAGGGGUCGCUGCGCUCCCCGUGGCUACUUCUCUGUGUCUCUGUUAAUAGUUGUUAAUGGUCGUGGACGGAGGAUCUGCAGCAGUUCAGAGGUCGCUGCAGACGUAGUGCCACCCACAGGUUCUCAUGGUGGCACCCGCCCUUUCUCAACUGCCUUAAGAACUGAAUCCUGCUGGGCUGUGGUGGCGCACGCCUUUAAUCACAGCACUGGGAGGCAGAGGCAGGUGGAUCUCUGAAUUGGAGGACAGCCUGGUCUACAGAGUGAGUUCCAGAAAGAUCAGCCAGGACUAUACACAGAAAUUCUACAUCAAAAAAACAAAAAACAAAAAAACAAAAAACAAAAAGGAAAAGAAAAAAGAAAGAGCUGAAUCUUUUUCUCUUGUUUUGCCUUUGCAUAUUUUAAUGCAUUUAUUAUAGACAGAAAUAUUUGAGGGAUCUUAGAACCGACCUUGUAUGCCAGUCUUAACCUGACUUUUAAUUGCUAGACUGCUUAAAAAUGGGCUAAAAGCCUGCUGACAUCCAAAGCUGUGCUGCCAACAUACCAGACCCCUACCUGAUAUCAUACACCACAAUAGUUCCAAAGCUGGGCUGCUUUGGUUAUUGAUUGUGAUUUACUUAUGUAAACUAUUUAUGAAAUUAAAUUCAAUGAAACUGAUUUAAUGUAUUGUAAACUAGAUAUUACUGUAUUUAUUAUUUUCUUCCAUCUAAAGUUUAUUUUUGUUGUUUUCAAAAUUAAAUAAUAAAUUAUUUUCAUGUA